AUGGAGAGAUACAGUCAGUUCCGCGACAAAGGCACGUCGAUAGCGCCUUUCCUCCCAGUCCCCGCCCCACCGGUCGGUAUCAUCUGGCUACCGUUAUACCUCUUCCUUUUCUGCGUGCGCGCGCCCUUCGUCGUCGCCUUCUCACUGCUAUACUUCUUGAUUCUGGAAUGGUUUCCUAUUGGGAGAAGGUUGAAGUAUGGGGUGCUGUGGCUGAUGCUAGGCAUCCCUGGCGUGUGGUGGGUUGAUUUGCAGGUUGAUGGUGUCAAACGAGGACAACUACACUCUGCGAAAGACAACCUCCCCAAGCCCGGCACCAUCAUCGCGUCCUCCUUCACGUCACCCCUCGACCCGCUCUACCUCGCCGGUAUCUUCCAACCGAUCUUCACACGCUCGUACCCCAACCACCGAAGAGUCGAACGCAUAACACUUCUAGGCGCCAUACUGCACGCAUUCUCCCCGCCCGCCCUCUCCCCACCGGACUCAUCCAAGCUCGUCUCGCUCAAACAGCUCACCGAUGAGAACCCGAACAGAAUUAUCUGCGUAUUCCCCGAGACAACUACAACGAAUGGCAGGGGUAUUCUCCCACUAUGCCCUAGUCUGCUGAGUGCAGAUGGCAAGACGAAGAUCUACCCCGUCAAUCUCAGGUACACACCUCAAGACGUCACAACACCCGUCCCCGGUGGCUAUACAUCGUGGUUCUGGGGCCUUCUCAGCAAGCCAUCACAUCAAAUGCGCGUUCGCAUCGCUUCGCGUGUGUACAACAGCAGUAACCAAGACUUCCCGUCCCGCCCUACAUCAAGUUCCAAACAGACACCGCUCAAGGCGUCCGGCUACGACACCAACAUUUUCGAUCAAUCGGACUUUAGGAAUGGAUUUAGUGGCCAGCAUGGCGAGGCUGGUGAUGGCAUGGACGUUGACGUUGGUGGUAUGGUGAAUGGCGAUGACGGGAUUAUUAGUGAGGAUGAACAGAAGGUCCUUGAGAGGGUUGCGGAGGAUCUGGCGAGGCUGGGGAGGGUCAAAAGGGUGGGGUUGGGUGUUAAGGAUAAGGUUGAAUUUUUGAAGGUUUGGGGGAAGAGGAAACGGUGA